UUGCAGGUCACAAAGACGACCAAAAAGAAGAAGACCAAGAAGCGUCUGUCUACAAAGUCAUCGGUAUGUUAUCUCAAUUUUCCAACAAUUCUGCUCCUCUUAGUUGCUGCUGGUUCUGCAACUCUGACACACGGUGGGAUGAGUCGAAAACCGGCUGAUGAAGAUGCCUUAUCGAGAAGCACCAGACAGCUUACGGGUGUGUCUCCUAGGUAUUGGGAGAAAUUUACGGCAGCUCCACAACCAUCGAGUAGCAACGCAGAAUUUCGAGUUUGCAGCUAUAACGUGCUGUGUGACCAAACAACGAGGAAGACCAUGUAUUUAUAUAGGCAUCUGAGUGAUGACGAAAGUGCGCUAUCAUGGGAACAUCGGUGGCCUCUGUUGGAACAAGAACUGCUACGUCUCAAUGCUGACAUAUAUGGUCUGCAAGAAGUACAACAUGAUCAUUACGACUCGCACUUUCGACCUGCUAUGGCUAAGGUUGGUUAUUUUACCUACUACAAGCAACGCACAAACGGUUUGAGUGACGGAUGCGCAGUGUUCGUGAGAAAAUCGAAGUUUGAUGUUAUUCGCUAUAGAAUUGUCGAAUAUUUUGUAGCUAGUGGUACAACAAUGGAUAGAGAUCAAAUAGGUGGGUUUUAUGAGUUUUCCAUGAGAUCAACGUUAGAUUGA